GAUGAAUUGAAAGACUUUCGGAUGAAUUGAAAGACAAGCUUUACUAAACUUUCCAACUUAAUUAUUUUAUCUUAAAACACCUUUGACUUGCGGAUUAAAAUUUUUUUAUGACACAAAUCCUUUCUUCUUCCAUAAUUGGCAAUACCAACAUUGCUGAUAUUGCACUAUCAACCUCGGAAUGACAUUUUUCUGCCUACUUUUUUUACUAAUCUUUCUCUCCAUCAAUGUUGCUAAUUCUCAGUGGAUUAUCAAAAAUCUUCCUGGUUUCAACGGUGAUCUGCCCUUCACCCUUGAAAUUGGGUACAUUGGUGUGGGAGAGCAAGAUGAGGUCCAACUUUUCUACUAUUUCAUAGAGUCGGAGGGUAGUCCCAAAGAUGAUCCUCUUCUGCUUUGGCUCACUGGCGGCCCUGGUUGCUCUGCUUUUUCUGGCCUUGUUUAUGAAGUUGGUCCCUUAAAAUUCAACUAUUUAAAUUCAAGUGGGAACAGACCAACAUUUGAGCUGAACCCUUACUCAUGGACCAAGGUCGCGAACAUGAUAUUUUUGGAUCAACCUGUUGGCACUGGAUUUUCAUAUGCAACAACUUCUGAAGCUUAUAAUGUUACUGAUACGUUGGCCGCUGCACAAAUCUAUGUUUUUCUGAAGAAGUGGUUUAUGGUUCACACCAACUUCCUAACCAACACACUUUAUAUCGCUGGCGAUUCUUAUUCUGGCAUUGUACUUCCAAUUGUGGUCCAAGAGAUAUCAAAUGGGAAUGAAGAUGGACAUUAUCCACCUUUGAACCUAAAGGGAUAUAUACUGGGCAACCCAGUAACAGACUUAUACAAUGAUCUCAAUUCAAGGGUCCCAUUUGCUUACCGAAAAGCUUUAAUACCUCGUCCGCUUUAUGAGUCAAUUAAAACAAGCUGCAAAGGGAAAUACGUGUAUCCAGAUCCCAGAAAUACGAAAUGUGUUCGUGAUAUGAAAGUUUUCGGAGAGUGCACAAAGGACUUAGAUAUUGCACAAAUACUAGAACCAAAUUGUGAGUACGAAGUGCAUCCAAAACCAAAAAUCAGCAGUCUAAUAGGAUUUAUGGAUCCUCACUCUUCAACAUACAAACCUUCCAAACGAUGGUGUCGGUAUGACAACUAUGUGCUCUCAUAUAUUUGGGCAAAUGAUAAAACCGUUCAGAAGGCUCUGCAUAUCCGUGAGGGAACAAUAGAGGAAUGGGUAAGAUGCAACAUAAGCUUAUCUUACACAGAAAAUGUCUUUAACAGUGUCGACUACCAUCGAAACCUUAGCAACAAACCAUACCUAGCCCUAAUUUACAGCGGUGAUCAUGACAUGCUUAUCCCAUAUGUGGGCACAAAUGAAUGGAUCCAAUCGCUGAAUCUGAUUAUUGAAGACGGAUGGAGGCCGUGGUUUGUGAAGGGUCAAGUUGCAGGGUACACAGAGAUUCAUCGACAUGAUUUGUAUUAUCUUACAUUUGCAACUGUAAAGGCAACAGGUCACACAGCUCCAGAGUACAAACCAGAACAAUGUCUGGCGAUGAUAGAUAGGUGGCUUUCUCAUUACCCUCUGUAGUUUCUGAAAAGCAAUUUCAACUCCUUGGUAUAUGAUCUAGUGCUUGACACAAGAUAAAUAAUUUAGAAAUGAGAGAGGUUACCCUACGUUGUGUAACUGGUAUCAAUAUAAAUAAAAUCUUAUGUGUGGA